AUGGACGCAAUAUCAAAGGACGACUUUCGAAAAAAGUAUAGAUUUACAAAGGAAUCAGUACGAUACAUUGUGUCGUUAGUGUCGGAGGAACUACAAAAAGAUAGGCGAGGCGGCGGCAUCACACCUGAACUACAAGUUUUAACUGCACUCAGAUGUUGGGGUCGUAGAGAGUUUCAGGAUGAUUGUGGCGACCUCCAUGGCAUGGCGCAAUCCACGGUGAGCUUGGUGUGCAAUAGAGUGGCACGCGCGAUUGCUGGCCUUGCUCACCAAUUUAUUAAAAUGCCCAAUGGUAUUAGAGAGGAAGAGAUUAUAAUGGAUCAGUUCAGGGGGAUAGCCAAUUUCCCUGGCGUUAUAGGUGCACUGGACUGCACCCAUAUUAAACUUAGAAAAAUUCCGGGUGAUCAAGCCCAGUAUUACAUAAAUAGAAAGGGAUUUUAUUCCCUGAAUGUACAGGCUGUGUGUGAUGCGAAACUGCGAUUAAUGAACGUGGUGGCAAGAUGGAGGGGAUCCACACAUGACAGCAGAAUAUUUUCCGAGUCCCAUCUUAAAACUAGGUUUGACCAAGGACAUUUUAGAGGCCGUUUACUUGGUGACUCUGGAUAUCCUUUGCUGCCAUAUUUGUUUACCCCCAUCUUGAGACCGAACAAUAAGAAAUUGUACCCCCAUCUCAUGAAGAAUGGCAGAAUGAGGAAUCUACCUCUGAAGAGCAUGCAGCAAUAUUAG